CAGUCCCACUUCCAUCGCCUCACGUCAUUCCCGUCGCCGCCGCUGCGCCGCCUCUGCAGGUCUCGCUCGCCGACCGACUCCUCACAAGGGAAUUCUGCGCGGCCUCUGAUCCGAGGCGGCCGGAGAGGAGAUGUCGGACUCCGAGGAGCACCACUUCGAGUCGAAGGCCGACGCCGGCGCGUCCAAGACCUACCCGCAGCAGGCUGGCACCGUCCGCAAGAACGGCUACCUCGUCAUCAAGAACCGCCCCUGCAAGGUUGUGGAGGUCUCAACCUCUAAAACUGGGAAGCAUGGUCAUGCGAAGUGCCACUUUGUCGCUAUUGACAUCUUCAAUGGCAAGAAGCUUGAAGAUAUUGUCCCCUCUUCGCACAACUGUGAUGUUCCUCAUGUGAAUCGCACUGAAUACCAGCUCAUUGAUAUAUCUGAGGAUGGAUUUGUGAGUCUUCUCACUGAAAAUGGUAACACUAAAGAUGACCUGAGGCUCCCAACUGACGACAACCUGCUUACUCAGAUCAAGGAUGGCUUUGCCGAAGGGAAGGACCUUGUGGUGACAGUCAUGUCUGCCAUGGGAGAGGAGCAAAUCUGCGCGCUGAAGGACAUUGGCCCGAGGAACUAAUCUCAGGCCAUGUAGUUUCUCACAUGUCUGCUGGGUUUUGGUCAAGGAUUGUUUUGGCCUUUUGGGUAUUAUAAGGAGCCCGGAUCACUGAGGAUACACAUAGUUGCAACUUGCAACCACUAGGGAAUUGUAUCGCGUACCGGAUCGGGCUUAUCAAAGCGGUAGGGGACUGUAUCGCAUACCUUCAUCAGAUCGGACCUAUUCAUCUGGAGUCCAAUACCUCAUCCAAAAAUUUCCACCUGUUUCUUUAAUCCUAAAACCCUGUGGCCUUAUCGACCCUCUGCGUAGCCUUCAUUGUGGAGUUUUAUUGUGUUUAUGGUGAAAAAAGGGGGUCCAUCUGAUGAAGCCUGUACUGCCUCACAGUGGAGCCAUUUUUUA